AUGGCUUUCUCAAACGUAUCAACUCUUUCGUGCUUUCCACAAGCGAUUACAACACCCACUAUCUUUGGUACUGAAUUCCUCAAUAUCAGUGCAUUUUUGGUCAGCAAUUAUUCCGUAGAAGUUACUCAAGAUUACAACUACAAUCAUGGGCCUUUCUCUCUGAAGAAUGCCGAUUUUUGCAACAUCACUGUUACUUACACCCAUCCCGGAGAAAAUGACACGAUUAAUGUCGAGGCAUGGUUACCUAUGGACAACUACAAUGGACGCUUGCAGGCGGUCGGUGGAGGUGGAUUUGUGGCAGGCAGAUUCUACCUCUCGUAUCAGCAAAUGGCAGCAGCUAUUGGGGAAGGAUAUGCGACAUUGAGUACGGAUGCUGGCCUAGGUGCAAAUCCGGAAGAUUGGGCCCAGGUUAGCCCCGGAAACGUCAACCAGUAUCUACUCAACGAUCUUGCGUCUGUCUCUUUGAAUGAACAGGCAAUCAUAGGGAAGAGCCUCGUGCAAAGCUUCUACGGCCAACCUCCAGAGUUCUCGUAUUUCAGCGGUUGCUCGCAAGCUGGACGACAAGGACUCAUGCUUGCACAGCGAUAUCCAGAUGCGUAUGACGUCGUCAUGAACAUAAUGGGGAAGUACCCGGAGGCUUGUGAGCUGGAUGCUAUCACCGCGGCCGCGAUCUCGGCGUGUGAUCCUGACGAUGGAGUCGUCGAUGGUCUCAUAUCAGACAUGGCAAAGUGUAACUUCGAUCCAAUCACCAUUGUGGGUACCAAAUUCAACUGUUCUGGGGUGGAAAAACAAAUCUCUGUGGAUGCCGCCAUGGUAGCCAACGCUACCUGGGCCGGUCCACAAUCUCUCAACGGCUCAUCUCUAUGGUAUGGUCCAAAUCGCGGGGCUAAUCUGUCUGGAAAUCUUACAACACUCGCAGUGGCGACGACGCAGUGUUCUAACAACGGUACAUGUGUCGGCAAACCCAAUUAUCUCGGAGCCGAUUGGCUUUCUCUUUUUGUCGAAAAGAAUCCAGGUUAUGAUUUGGCGAACAUGACCCAAAAGGAUUACGUUGAUCUGUUCCUGGCUGGAAUUGAUGAGUACUCACACAUCGCGACUGACAACCCUGAUUUGAGGGAAUAUUUCGCACGAGGCGGCAAGAUUCUUGGGUACCAUGGUUUGAGCGAUCAACUUAUUCCCGCCGGGGGAUCAGCACUCUACUACGAUGCUGUCACCUCUCUGAUACCAGAUGUACAUGACCAUUAUCGACAUUUUGAAGUUCCAGGGUUGGGACAUUGUUCUGGUGGACAAGGAGGAAAUCCUACAACGACUUUUGAUGCUCUCCGUGCUUGGGUUGAGAAUGGCACCGUUCCAGAGACGCUACCAAUUAGCUUUGUUGACCAAAAGGGAGUCAGCAAUGAUAGAAUCCUCUGUCCCUAUCCUACGAAGCAACAGUAUGAUAAAGUCGGUGAUUCAACAUCAGCUGCUAGCUUCAACUUAUACGCAAAAGGGGGAACCCUAGUAAUAUCCCAACCACCACUCAAAGUAGAAGUCGUAGGAACUCUAGCCAUACGCGCGCUAUUCUUCCUACUCCCCUCAACCCUCUUCCUCAUCUUCGACAGCGUAAUCCCCAGUCUCGCCGUUGGAAUCAAAACCCAAGGAGAAUCAGCAUUACCGACCCGAACCGGAAAUUCGCGUAGAUCCAAAAAGGCAGGACCGAUUUGGUAUCGUGUAGUCGCCCUCAGUAUCUUCAAUGUCCUUCUUAGCGUUGGUAUCCAAGCGGCGGUAGAGACGCUUCUCAUUGAAGUACUCAAUGUUAGGAGUGCAUUACAAGUCACAACCACACUUCCUAUGCCCUGGUCGAUCGCCAAACACGUUGUUCGAACCUUGUUUCUUCGAGAAGUCCUCCAAUACUACAUCCACCGCUUCAUCCUCCACCCCGCCAAACCCACCACCCUAUCCCGCCUCCACAGCACCCACUUCCACAGCAUUACCGCUCCCUACUCCUUCACAGCGCACUACGACCACCCCAUCCCAUAUCUCCUCUACCGCUUCCUCCCCAUCUACCUCCCUUCCGUCAUAUUUCGCACCCAUCUCCUCACCUACCUCUUAACCCUCUCCGUCGUAACCCUCGAAGAAACACUCACGUCCUCGGGCUACAGCGUGAUUCCGGGUAUCAUGCUGGGUGGUAUGGCCCGGCGCCAGGUUUCUCACAGUGCGAGUCGCGGGAAAGGGAAUUUUGCACCACUAGGCGUGAUGGAUUGGGUGCAUGGGACGAGUGUGGGCGCGGAUGUGGUGGAUGAUAUUGGGGAGGAGGCGGAGAAGCAUAGGGUUGGGGAGAGGAGUGGGGAGGCGAUUGAGGGGGUGAAGGAGAGUGGGAGGAGGGGGUUGAGGGGUUGGAAUUCGAGGAAGAAGAAGUAG